AGAUUGCAGUUUUUUUCGAUGAGUUUCUACACCGUCCAUGACGUGAAGGAAGGAAUGGGAUCUAGUACAUCAGGGAGAGUCAGCUAAUAAAAAAAGAUAUAAAUACUUAUGCUCUUGUGGGUCUAGAACUAGAUCUUCUCCAUUCGUUCUUUGUCAAGCCUUGAACAGUAACAUUCCGGGUGUGUUUUGACUACACGACAAUCGAUUACAUCUUGAUGAGCCAGCACCAAGCCGAAAGAAAAUGAAUAAUUCAGCGACAUCGACGUCAUCGUCUGUCAGAAAACCUCCUGGCUCGGUGAAAUUGGACCGUCGUAGCGCUGUCGGUAGUAAAAAUGGCGAAAAAAGCGGGCGCCCCGCCUCCGCGGCCGCAUUAUUUACCGCGCAGCAUUCGUCCACGAGGGAAGAUAAAGCAACAGCAAGCACAAGAGGCGGCGCGAUACGUUUCGAGGACUCGAAGAAAGAGGAGGAGAGCCAUACCGCCGAAGGAUCUUCAAAAUCGAACUCGAAGUCCACGUCGACACGCAACGCAGGAGCUGGCGCGGGAAAAACAAAAAGUGCGGGGGAGCAGAAGGCAGCGUCCGCACCAUCAGGAAACAAAACGAAGGAUGGUGCAGCAACGUCGAAGGCCGUGACGGUAACGAAGAGCGAGUUGUCCAAGCAUUUCCAGGGGUUGCCGGGGUUCGAUCAACUUUACGCUCCGUUUGGAAAAUCUCUACGAAAUCAGGCGACCUGGGUUUUACGGGAGUACGAGCAGGCAUUUCACGAUGCAGCUUCUGCGUCACUCGGCGGAACGUCCUCCCGGGCGGCGCUCCCUUCUGUGGGCGCUGUCGCUGCAGCCCUAAAACUUUUCCGCGAAGACCAUGACAUUCCCUUUAUCGCGCGGUACCGAAAGGUCCAAACCGAGCACAUGAAUGAGGGACACCUCCGCGCCGUCAAGAAAGGGCUGCAGCAUUGCGAUGAGUGCGAACGGAAACGCGGCAGCGUCUUGCUGUUGCUAGCAAAGAAAAACGUGCUGCGUCUUGGAGCAAAUAAUACUGCUCCUGACGAGGGUACUAAAAACAGAAGUAGUGCGAUAAUUAUCAAAAGUGCGGUAGAAAACGCGAGGAACUUGGAGGAGCUGGAAGAGCUCUAUGCUCCAUACAAGGACUCGAAAGAAGACAAAGCAACACAAGCACGACAACUGCAGCUCGAGCCGAUUGCGCUUGCGAUGCUGCAGCAAAGGGACCGCGAAGCAAGGGGUCUACUGGACCAAUUUAUAGCGAAGAGCCAAGGUAGGGGUAGCGCUAACCACGUUUCAACAACCGUAAUCUCCUUCGCACCAUCAGCGUAUUCCUCGUCGUCGGCCACUCCGCAGGCACUUGCUGAUUUGACACGAGUGGAAGUGGAGGAACUAGCAGUUUCGCUUGCCGCCGACGCGCUUUUCUGUGCGCGGCGGAAACCUGGGGACCUCAAUGAUCAGAAUUCGUCCGCAGAGAAUGAGAAUGCGGAUAUUGGAGGUAAUAUUACGCGGAACAACGACAAGCAUUAUGAUCAAGAUCCGAUGUACGGGACAAAACAUGGGCGUUCAGUACGGGAAACCGACGUACGCACGUCUGCGAAACAACAAGAAAUCGACUGGCCGCGGCGGUGCGUGGAGUACAGCAGCACUUUUUCGGCCCAGGCGAGCACAGCGAGCAAAGCAGCGGGGCCUGCUUCUGCCAAGGGAGCAAAGGCAGGGGGUAAAUACGCAGAAAGCGGGUGGUCUUCGGCACACAAAGGGUCAGGGCGGGGCUACUACCAGGAUCACAAAAAAUUCGCUGAAGUCAAGAAGACGAACGACAAAAAAGACGCGGCCUCAACCAAGGCCGUUGAUGCUCGCUUUCUUGCUGCAGUCGAGAAGUACGAACAAUACGGUUCGUACUCGAAGCCGUUACACUCCGUGCGGGGGUACCAGUAUCUUGCCAUCCAGCGUGGGGUGGAGGCGAAAGUCUUGAAGGCGAGCUUUCAGUGGCACAAGGAGGAGCGCGCGCUGACGGAGGUGUGCUUCUCCGGGUAUGGAGCCGCCUGCGCGAGUUUGCGAACCAGUAGUAGUGGGGACGAACGGACGGGCGGUGGAUCAUUUUCGUCCACGUCGCAUUUUUUCCCGCCAAGGUGGGCCGAGCGUGACACGUUUUUGUCUGCGAUCUUGAAGAAAUGCAUGCAGCGUCUGAAGUUGAUGCUGCAAAGACAAUACGGUCGGGAAUUGCGAGACCGGGCUCUAGACGAAGCGUUGCGCCAGUUCGGCGUGAACCUUGCGCAGAAGCUGCUCACGCCUCCGGCGCGGCUCUGGCUGGAAAAUAAAGUCGGGGAACAAGACGACCGAAGUCGAGCGGGGCCGGAUCUUCGCCAGCACAAUAUCAGAAAUAAAGGAACGCUAGAACAACUAGAUUCCACUGCCCCGUCCUCUACUCUGCUGCAGUCGUACCACAUCCUGGCGCUGGACCCGGGAUUUCGGCAAGGCACGAAGAUGGCCGUGAUUCACAGCGCCACCGGCCGGGUACUCGAGACGCAGACGCUGCAUUUUCCCAAGGACAGCGAGCGACUGAGGGAAAUCGUGUAUUCCAAAUACAAGCCGCGCAUCCUCGCACUUGGAAACGGCUCGGGGUCCCAGGAAGUCGAGCAACAUUUGCGCAAACUGGUCACGACAGGAGCUGGAGGUGCAUCUCGUAGUUGUUCCACGACCCGGAACAUGUCGACGGACGCAAAAAUACUAGAUGAAGAAGUGAUGUUUUUCAAGUUUCUCGUGGUGGACGAAACGGGCGCCAGUGUGUACUCCGCGACGCAACUCGCGCAACAGGAACUGCCCGAUCUGGAUGUCACGCACCGGUCCGCCGUGAGCCUGGCGCGGCGGUUGGUGGACCCCCUGGCGGAGCUGUGCAAGGUUCCGCCGCAGUCGCUCGGGGUCGGCCAGUAUCAGCACUCCGUACCAGAAAAGAUGCUCGCGAAGGAGGCGCAGAGCUGUUUUGAAGAGAGCAUCGCCGCCGUCGGGGUGGACCUCAACACCUGUUCCGCGGAGCUGCUCCAAUACGUGCCGGGGAUCGGGCGGCAGCGGGCGCUGGACAUCAUCCGGGCCCGGGAGGAGAAUUCUGGCUUCCGGACGAAGCUGGACCUGAAAAAGAAGGUGAAAGGCAUCGGCGAGAAGGUGUUUCGGGAGUGCAGUGGGUUUCUGUACGUGAGCACGGCCGAGGACCUCUGCGAUCGGAACCCGCACAUUCACCCGGAGCAGAUGAAAAUGGUGCGACUCUUGCAAGACGCCUUCGGCGGCACCGAUCUCCCGUGUUUGACGUCUGUGCGCAUUGAUGACGAGGAUGAUCGCAAUCAGAAUUAUUCUGGACGAGAGCAGGUGGAAGUUGGUAAAAAAAGUGGCGAAGUGGAUGUUGAUCUCCGCUUUCCCCUGAAGUCUUCCGAGGGUACACGCCGAUUGGAACGGGCGCUCGAAGCAUAUGUCGCGAAGAACUCGAACAACACGAAGGGUUCCAUAUCCAUGGACGGACCGACAAAUAAUCAUGACUACGACAUUCAGACCUUGCGGGAGCUUUGUCGUCAACUUGUUCCAGCGUCCAGAGGAGGACUGGCGGGGGUGGACCCCCGCAGCGAGAGACCCAAGCCUGUUUGCAGCUCGCUGGUGGCCCCGUCAUCUACUUCAGGUUCUUUUUUCAGUAAGGAUUCGUCCCGAGGAGGAAAAGGCACUGUCGGUGCGCGGCCGGGGGCCUCGACGUCGAGCCGAAAAUUGGCCGCGGACGUGCGCCCGGGCGAACACUACGAAGGCGUGGUGCGCAACUUGACCGAGUUUGCGGCCUAUGUCGACAUCGGGGUCGGUGCGGACGCCUUUCUCCAUAUUUCGCGCUUCCAGGGACGGCGCUUUCAAGUUAACGAGGUCGUGCGCGUUCGUGUAGACACGAACGAGUGGAAGGGCGGAAAACAACGCAUCAGCAUUUCGCUUGUUUGACGUACUAUAUUUCGACGGAAGUACAAAGCGCAGCAUGUCGCUAAAGUUGAUAUCGAUUCAAGAU